AUGAGCACCAUUGCACGCAACUUGCUGCGUCCUGGAGCUCCCUACUACAGGAACAAGCUGGCCAUGUCGUCUUCAGUAUCACUAGCAACAGAUUCUCCAAGCUAUGGCAACAAUAUCGGUGACUUGACGUCGUUAGGGCAACUCCAACAAGGAUGUCAGGUGUUAGUGGUCGGAGAUGGCAACUUUUCCUACUCGCGAGCGUUCCUGCGCGCCAACAGUGCUCGCAUCGCUGCAUCAGAAAUUAACGUGACCGUCACAUCACUUGACACUGAGAAUCAAUUGAUGGAGAUGUAUCCAAAGUCUCACAGCAUUCUGGACGAGCUGCACAAUGGCGGAGUUCACGUCCGACACGGCGUAAAUGCUACGAAACUAGAGACCUACUCAUUUGGAGAUGGAAACGGUGAUGGACUCGUUAAAUUCGACAGGAUCGUGUUUAACUUCCCGCACUAUGCAGCGGAUGGAGGCGUGGGCAACAAGAACAAGCGCAACAAGAUCCAUCGCCACCGUCAUCUGCUCGUUGACUUUUUCGCCAGUGCGAGUCAAGUACUGGCGAGUUACGGUCAGAUUUGGGUGACACUGUGUGCUGGACAAGGAGGCACUAAGCUGGAGAGGAAGACCCGAGCAGUGGGCGAUACGUGGCAGAUCGUUCACAGCGCUGCUGCUGCAGGUUUGGUGCUUCAAGACGCGCAUUUCUGCCCCGUAGAUGCUCUGGCCGACUUGGGAUACUACAGCGUCGGGUAUCAAUCACGAGAGAAGGCGUUCUGGACAGAGGACGGAAUCUCGCACGUGUUCUGCCACGAAUCUGUAGGUCGCAAGUCCUGCUUCCCCAUCGAGUGGACGCGUGACAUCAGUUUCUGGGUCACGGACGAGGAAAUAUUCACUGAAGAGCUCUUGCACGACAUCGUACGCAAGCAUUUUUCUCCCGAGACUAUGGAUGUCUCGAUCUCAUUGCUGGACGAAUAUCGCUGCGAGAAGAGCGGAUGCAAGUCGGUCACGUACCGUCUCGAUAUCUCUUCUUCCACUUUGGCUCUCUCUCGUGACCGCGUCAAUACAUUGGCACAAGCAGCACUCUCGGCCAUCGAAAGCUCGAACUUCGGCGCUUCUCGGGCGACAUGA